AUGUGCCGUCUGCUUGAAGCUCAGCAUCGGCCCAUAUCGGGUCCGCAACUUGUGACUUUGUUAGAAUGGAUCCAUGAUAAAGUGCCCAACUUUCCAGCUGGCGGCACUUUCCAAAUCCCCGCUUGGCAAGCUGUUGGUAAAUGGCUGCAUGAUGCUGCUUCAAACGGGGAUCUCAUGGCAGGGAAGCAUUUAGCAACCUGGUGGCAAAUCCUGGCCACUCUUCACCAGAUACAGACCAGUGCUGCCGCUGAUGUCAUCACAUCUAAGGAACCUACCGAUGCUCGUGAGGGGGUAAAUUCUCCUGAAGCCUCAUCACCAGCUGUCUUCCUGUCUGCGCCUCCUUUGUUGUCGCAGUCCUUGCUGCCUCUGUCGGGAGCAGCUGAGUUGAAUGAUGACCCUGAUGACCCUGAUGACCCUACAGACCCCUUUGAUCCUGGUUUUAUAGAUCCGGAGAAGGAGCCGGACUUGUUUCCUCCCCCUGCUGAGUUACAGACAUUUACAGGGAAGCAGGGGUGGGGUCUGGAGGACCAAUGGCAGGACUGCAGGUGGGAAGCUCUUAAGCGGGGGGACAUGGGGGUAGCAGUGGCGUGCCCGGUUGUCUAUCGGCCACACCAGACUCCUGAAUGGCAACCGUUGCCUUAUGAGGCUGUUAAAGAGUUGCGUACGGCUGUUCGGGAAGGAGGAAUUCGUAGUACAUUUGCCAUGUCCCUUCUUGAAGCGACAGCAGAAUCUUAUGUAUUUACACCUCAUGACUGGAAAUCAUUGCUUCGUAUGGUGCUCACCCUAAUUCAGUAUAUGAUGUGGAUGUCCGACUUUCGCGAGCAGUGUGUGGUGACCUCGAUAGACAAUCUUAAUCGGGCACUUGCUAUUUCCUAUGAGCAAUUAGCUGGGGAGAAUAAUUAUGCAGCUCCUAUUGCGCAAGCUGGGUAUCCUAGGGAGGCUUAUUUACAGAUUAAGGAGGCUGCGCUCAAAGUGGUCUGGAAAAUACUUGAGUCCAGACGCACCUCUAGUGAAUCUUUUGCCAAGGUUUUGCAGGGUUCGAAGGAGCCGUAUCCUGUCUUUGUCGAUCGCCUUCAAAAUGUUUUACAACAACAGGUUGAGCAUGAGGAGGCUCGAGAGUUAUUACUAAAGCAAUUAGCAUAUGAUAAUGCCAAUGACGACUGCAAGCGAGCAUUACAGCCUCUUCGCAGUCGUAACCCUACCUUGGCAGAUAUGGUUCGAGCAUGUCAGAAUAUAGGAACCACAGGACACCAUGCAGCAGCUUUAGCCUCUGCAUUGGCUGCCCAGAUAAAACAUGGGACCAGACCCGGGCAGUCCGCUUGUUAUCGUUGCGGGGCCAUUGGUCAUUUAAAAAGGGAAUGUCCGAUAGGAGGGUCCGGUCGAGCCAAGCCAACUCGAGACUGCCCCCGGUGCGGAAAGGGGAAGCAUUGGGUCAACGAAUGUCGCUCCAAAUAUCAUGCUAAUGGACAGCUGAUUGCUACCCAACUGGGAAACGGGAAUCGGGGGGCGAAGCUGUGCGCCCCGAACGACAAAAGAAAUGCGAGCACCGGAGCCUGGCCAGUGGUCUCCGACCCGCAACCACCGGCAGUGCAGGAUUGGACUUGGCCAUCCGUUAUGCAGUAA